AUGAGUGCCUCGAGAGUCGAGAAUAUCCCCCUCCGGCCCUACCCGGGUUCCAAGUCUACUACCGACAGCCGCUCCGUGGUGCCUUGCAAGUUCUUUCUGAGCGGUAGAUGCCUCAAAGGAGCUGCUUGUCCGUUUAGCCACGACAAGAAACCAACCAUUCAAGCCCCCUCGAUUCCUUCAGCGUCACGAGAUGCAGAUCAAGAUUGUGAUGAAGUAGAUGAUUUCUGCCGCACCAUUGCCGGCGCGUUUGUUCGAUUCGAAGACGGCGGUCGCGUUUCCAGCAUCUCUCUCCCCAGCGACUUCUCGGCCGUUCACCUCAGUGGCCUGCCCAAAGGCACUUCUUCCCAAACGAUCAAACGCCUGCUCGACAAACUCGGCUUUGACGUCCCCGAGAAGAAUAUAUGGGUUAUGAGUCAGGAUGGAGUACUUGGUGCCAACAUCCGAGCAGAGGAUCCAACUUUUUCCGAGAAGCUCUGCGCUCUCAUGCAUGGAGGGUUCACUUGGGGAACCUCUAGAGUCCAAGCAACUCCGGUGGCAGCUCGUAUGCCAUCCAGACAAACUAUCGGGCGCCUGGACUGCAAGAAAGUCCAUGUCUCUUGGCACAAGCCCGUCCGGGAUGUCAUGUUAAAGUUUGGCCAACAAGACGUUGCUGAACGAGUACACCGCAAGUUUACGACUGGAGCCUACACGAUACUAGGCUGCAAGGUCAAGGCGCAAGCGCCAUACAAAAGUCCAGCCGCCAUGUUCCGCUCGCAUAGUCCCGUCCCUUGGAUCAUGAGACUGACUGAUGUCCCUGGAUCUGCCAACAAGACAGAGAUAUCUCAGGCCAUUUCACUACAUGCCGACAAGCCACGCGAGAUAGUACUGCACGUCCCAGGUUACUCGACCGAUGAUGAGCAAGCUUCAGCCAUGGUUCGGUCUCUUUUGACAAGAAUAGGCCCCAUUGAGUAUUGGGAGGUGACGAUGGAAACAUCAGCCAAGCGUGUCAAGGCUACCGCACGCUUCCUCAAUGAGGAGGGUGCCAGAGAUGCUGCUUCUCAGCUCAAUGGAACAGCGCUACCAUUCCAUAAACCGGGAAAGUUGACUGUCCAGAUGGUCUACUCGGUCAAGUUCAAGGUCCGGGGCGACAUUUAUGCCGCCAUCUUGCCUCGGGUGAGCAGCCAUGCGAGUGUCUGGAAAGAAAAGUACGUGUAUUUCCGAGCAUAUCCCACUUCAACAACCUUUAAGCUCGAGGGAGAGUCCGAUACGGAAGUAGCGAGUGCGAAGUCAACCCUAGAAGACAUCCUCAGUGGUGUCGUUGCCAAAGAUGGUCAAUCAAACCUCUGGGAUCCCUCCCUCAAGGGCAACGGAUACCUCUGGCGUUUGAUCAAGGGGCAACAGCAAGACCUUGGGGUGGUUGUCGUUAGAGACAAAACCAAGGAUGUUCUACGGCUCUUUGGGACUGAAAAAGCAUGCAGCAAGGCGCAAGGACACCUCGCCAGUCUGUUGCACAAGGAAGCCUCUUCGGACCAUACCAUUCGAUUGGAUCCUGAGAAGCGCCUAUGGGCUUUGAAGGGGGGCUUUCAAGCAAUCCUGGAGAAGCUUGGUGCUAAACGGGCAUCCCUAGACAUUGUUUCAUCAAAGAUCGCCAUCUCAGGGUCCUUGGAAGAUUACGAUUUUGCGCUGGCACUUGCGAAUGGCGGCAGCCUUGCUGGACAGAAAAAAACGCGGAGAGACUCUGGAUACAACGAUUCCGAGGAGUGUUCUGUUUGCUGGACUGAAGCAGACUCUUCUGUUCGGGUCAAGUGUGGCCAUGUGUAUUGCCAAGAUUGCUUCGAAAACAGCUGUGCAGCACUUUCAACCUCCGGUGCUGACUCCCUCUUUCUCUGUCAUGGAGACGAGGGGAGAUGCAAUAAGGCCAUUAGCCUUGAGGAUUUGCAUGCAAAUCUGUCUUCGGUCGCCUUCGAAGAUCUCCUGGAGAGAUCGUUCAUGUCAACUGUCCAAGGUACUCCAAACAAACUGCGCUUCUGCCCUACUCCCGACUGUGGGUAUAUCUACCGUACAACGAAAUCAGCCGGGACUCACACCUGUUCCAACUGUCUGCAGCGAACUUGCUCCUCAUGUCAUGAACCUCAUGUCGAGAUGACAUGCGCGGAGUAUAAGGACAUCAAGUCAGGGGGCUACGCUGCUUUUGAGAAGCUGAAGAAAGAAGUUGGGAUCAAAGACUGCCCCGAGUGCAAAACACCACUCGAGAAGAUUUCAGGAUGCAACCAUAUCACUUGUGUGGGGUGCAAAGCCCAUAUGUGCUGGGUGUGUAUGAUGACGUUUGCCUCGGGAGCGCUGGUCUACGAUCACAUGGACAAGAUGCAUGGGGGCCAUGUUGAGUGGAGGUAA